AUGAUCGGAGUAGGGAAGAUCAAGCAGUACACUAACGUCCUCGACAAACCCCUUAGCAAGGGCAAGCAAGAGGUCAGUUUGAGUGCAUUUGCAUUCUUAUUUUCAGAGCUUGUUCAAUACAAUCAGACCCAAGUUGACAACAUUGGUGAAUUAGAACGAAGGUUGGAGGAUGCAGGAUAUGCUGUUGGGGCACGUGUUUUGGAACUUCUUUGCCAUAGGGAAAAGGGGAUGGGAACACAGUAUUUGUGCUUACUCAGUAAGUGCUGGCUUUACGUUUUCUCUUUUGAACUUGUCAUUGUCAACAAACUUGUUGGCAAUAUGCCAAUAUGGUUGCUUCUUAAGGCUUGA